AUGCGUAUACGGUGACAUUGAAAACAAAUCCUGCUACUGUUUUAUAUUGGGAGUACAUCUUCAACUUUCAAGAUAAGCACCGAAACCCGACACGUAGUUUGAGACGAUUUAUCGAAGGCGCUAACACAAUUAUUAACUCAUCUCUCUGUCAUGGAAUUCUAUGAUGAUAGUUAUCCAAAGGAGCACCCGAGGAAUUUGAUCCCAGAAUUAUGUCGACAGUUUUAUCAUCUGCAGUGGGUUACUGGGACUGGCGGAGGAAUAUCCAUAAAGCAUGGAGAUGAAAUUUAUAUCGCCCCAUCAGGAGUCCAGAAGGAACGAAUUAAACCUGAAGAUAUGUUCGUUCAGGAUAUAAAUGGAGGAGACAUAGCUGCCCCACCGCCCGAAAAAAAAUUCAAAAAAUCCCAGUGCACUCCACUCUUCAUGUGCGCUUAUACAGCACGAAAUGCUGGGGCUGUUAUUCACACUCACUCGAAAUUCGCUGUUAUGGCGACACUUCUGUGGCCGGGGAAGGAAUUCCGAGUUACUCAUUUAGAGAUGAUCAAAGGAAUCAGAAAUCAGAAAUUGGGAAGAGCCUACAGAUACGACGAGGAACUAGUAGUUCCAAUUAUCGAAAAUACCCCCUUUGAAGAGGACCUCAAAGACAGAAUGGCAGAGGUCAUCAAGCAAUAUCCGGAGACGUAUGCAAUUUUGGUAAGAAGACAUGGAGUGUACGUGUGGGGUGAUACGUGGCAGCAGGCUAAAACCAUGAAUGAAUGCUACGACUACCUAUUCGACAUCGCAGUACAGAUGAAGAAAGCUGGCAUUGAUCCACGUCUGAAGCCUGAAGAGUACGAGCUUAAAUACCAAAAAGAGAAUAAUCAAUAACGAUAAUUAACAAUAUACAGAGCUUCCUUCCAGUCGACUUUGUGCAUCAAGUUCAGGAUUUUAUGGCUAGCUAGAACCUCUCGACCGAAUUGCAGUGGGAAGUCCUUGGAUAUCCUCGUGUAGAGCAUCACUCCGUUUGGAAGUUGAACGUAGAAGUACGUUGCACCUGGCGGAGCUAUCUGACGAAGUUGAGAAUGAUCUGGGAUUUGAUUGAGUUCUACACCAUUAUCAUCUGCUACGUCCUGAAAUGCAAUUGAAAAAAUAAUUAAUGAUGAAUGAAAUUGAAUUCGAUUUCAGGAAAAAAUGAAAUUUGUGAUAAAAUUGGAACUAUAAUGUGAUAACAAUUCCCAAUACCCUCAAAUCGGAGAUUAUGUUAAUAAUGGCUGAUAAAACCUAAUUUGAAUA